GGACAUCACACGCCUUACCUAGAUGCACGAGGUGCGACACGGAUUUCCCGGGAUGCUCGGGAGUCUUGAUUGUAUGCAUUGGGGGUGGAAGAAUUGCCCAAAGGCGUGGCACGGCGCCUACACACGCGGGGAUCAGGGAGAGCCCACCUUGAUAUUGGAGGCCGUUGCAUCCCACGAUUUGUGGAUUUGGCAUGCCUUUUUUGGUGUCGCUGGUUCGAACAACGACAUCAACGUUCUCAACCAGUCGCCUCUCUUCGCCGACGUGUUGGAUGGAACUGCCCCGCCUGUGCUCUUUCAGGCGAACCAUCGCUACUACCAGAUGGGCUACUACUUGUGCGACGGCAUAUAUCCAGAGUGGCGUUGCUUCGUCAAGAGUCCACCGAUGGCGACAAAUCAGAAGGAGGCGAGGUUCAAGAAGAUGCAAGAAUCGGCACGAAAGGAUGUUGAACGUGCCUUUGGAGUCCUUCAAGCACGGUGGGGAAUAAUUCGCAGUCCCGCGCGGAAUUGGUACUUGGAGCACCUCCGGGACAUCAUGCUGUGUUGCAUCAUUCUCCACAACAUGAUUGUGGAGCACGAAGGUGAAGGAGCAACCAAUUGGAGAGAUGACGACGCGGGACAUGGGGCGUCUAGCAGUGACUCGACGGAGAGUGGUCGAGCAACCCCCGUUUCAUUCGAGGAAUAUGUCCAAAGAGAUGCCCUUCUCCGAGAUAGGCAGUUGCACGCCGCGCUCCAAUAUGAUUUGAUGGAGCAUGUUUGGGCACGUUUCGGAUCUCUAGGGCCGGAAUAGUUAUUUGUAGUAUUUGUUUUUAUUUUAUUAAAUUUUAUGUAAUUUUUAGGAAUUUCAAAAUUAAUGCAAUUUAAAUUUGAAGUAAAUUGUGUAAUUUAAAUUUAUGAAAUUAAACUUAAAUGAAAAAUGAAAAAAUCAAAACUAAUUCUAUCAUGUAACCCCACUGCAGCAUCUUUACACCAUGUGGUCCCCCCAUCAUAAAGUAGGCUAUCAUGUAAGCUAUCAUGUAACCCCAUUGCGGAUGCUCUUAG